AUGGACACCAACAAAUCGAGCACAGACGACGAUAGAGAAGCCCUUCGCGGCGGCGUCGCCAACAGUUCCGAACAAGCACUCGACGUCGAGGAGAAGAGGAUCGAGAAGCGAGCAGACCUUCCACAAGCGAAGACGGCACCCAAGUCUGUCUUUGCCGGUGGCGACAACACCGUCUAUUGGAAGAGAAGAGCUCGUGCAUCAAGACAUAACUCAUUUGGUGUUGGUGGCUCUUCUAACCCAUCCUCUCAGACUCCUAUACAAUCUAGUCCAAAUUCGCAAUAUUCAGAUUUUGCCAACCCUCAUGGAUUAGAUGCUAUCGACCUCAAUGAUGAUAUUGAAGAUCGGAGGCAAGAUAGUAUUCAACACUGGCAUUGGAAAGAGGAUGAGAUGUUGAUCAGUGCAUGGUUAAAUGUUUCAACUGACCCUGUAGUUGGUACCGAUCAAAAGGGGGAAACAUUUUGGAGUCGAAUUCAUAGCUACUGUGUAGAAUUUUGCACCGACAUGACAAGGGGGGUAGUUGCAUGUAAGAAACGAUGGUAUAAGAUCAACAAGGCUGUUGCACAAUUUGCUGGUUGCUACGAUCAAGCUAGUCGAAACAUAAGGAGUGGUUCGAACGCUGAUGAUAUAAAGGAGUUGGCUUAUAAAAUUUAUUCCACAAAUUGUGGUCAAAAGUUCACUUUUGAGAGGCAUUGGAACAUGCUUCGGUUGGAGCAAAAAUGGAGAAGCCAACUACCUACACAGAGUGACGGCUCAAAGAGAACCAAGGUUAGUGCAACUGGAGCUUACUCAUCCUCAUCAAACCCAGAAACACCGUUGGCUGACGAACCCGGUGUAGACUCUCCCGUUCGCCCACAAGGAUCAAAGAAGAGCAAGCGAAAAGGUAAGGGAAAAGCACAGAUGUCUGAAGAUUUUAGCGAAAGAAAAUCAUCGGUUGUCAAAAAAUUAUCUCUCAUGGAAGAUAUUAAGAAUGUUAGAGAAAAGGAACUAAUGGAAAGGGAAAAAGAAAGAGAAGAGGAGAAGGAACAUAGAGCAAAGAUGAUGGCAAUCAAAGAGAAGGAGAUACAAAUUCAAGCGGCAAUGAAAGAACAAGAAUUACAAACUCAGAGGUAUAUUAAAGAAAUGGAGAUAAAAGCAAAAGAAAGGGAAAUGGAUAUGCAAAUACUUAAUACUGACACGUCUACAAUGAGUGAGAAACGACGAGCUCUUCAUGAGAUUUCAUGUGAGAAAAUAAUGGACAAGUGGUUUACUUAA